AUGGGCAAUUGUUGGGGCGUGUUUCGCAGGCGUCGUAUUCGCCGUCACAUAGUGUUAAUUCUUAUAGGACUAGACAACGCGGGUAAGACGAAAACUGUGAACAAUUUGGCCGGCGAGAGCGAUGAAAAAGUUCUGCCCACCGUCGGUUUUAAGGCCGUCAAUUUAAUUCAUAAGGAUACACCUGUAACUAUUUACGAUUUGGGCGGUGGGCCGCAUUUUCGGCAAAUAUGGUCGCAGUAUUACAGCGAGGUACAUGGUGUUAUUUUUGUGAUUGAUUCGAGCGAUUACACCCGGUUGGAAGAGUGUAAAAAUGUGUUGGAGGAAGUUUUAUCACACGAUAAAAUAUCAGACAAAAUAAGUGUACUUCCUUUUAUUAACUAUUUUGCACACUACUGGACACAAAGUAAACCGGUGUUAGUCCUAGCAAAUAAACAAGACAAGACUGGAGCGCUGGAUGACAUAGAUGUUGUGGAGAAACUUAAUAUUGAACCACUAGUUAACAAGUACAGAUGUCCAACUUUAGUCGAGUCAUACACAGCUGAAUCCUCAUUCAACCUGACGAAAAAGCCGAAAAUUGAUCCCGGCCUAAAAAAAGGCUACCAAUGGCUACUGAACUACAUAGUCCGCCGCUACGGGGAUAUAAAUCUACGCGUACAAACAGACAUACACACAGAACUGGAGCGCAGACGUCGUAUGCUGACGAGGUCAAGUCGAGGAUCUCAGACAUUCACAGCUGUCAGUGACGACAUAGCCACCCAGACUGGAUUUGAAAACCCCAAUUUCGAAUUGCCGAAGGCAGAAAACGGUUUGAUCAUAGUCAAGCCAAUAAAAGGGACUAACGACUCCACCAUCACUAUAGAGAGUAUAGAGGACUCUGAUAGUAGUGUUAAGCCGAAGCUAUCACCACUCUUCGGACAAGUCAGCAGCGCGACUAGUGAGACAGUCAAGAUCGAAUUGGAGCCGAGGAGUGAACUGAGAAAGCUGUCGCCGAUUGUAAGGAACCGUAGUGGUGUUAAUCAUAUCGACUUUAAAAAUCGCCCGCACUCGAGUCCAACAUAUAAAAAUAAGCUUCACCUCAGCAAGAACUCGUUAAACCAAGAAGAUAAGCCCACAAAGGACGUUAUGUUUGUUGAUGGAAAUCGAACUUUUGACGCCGGAUCAAAGAAACACCGAGUUCUCAUUAAUGACGCGGAAUUAUCUCAAAUGCACAGGGAAAUUGUGUUAACUGAACGAGACCACACAAAGACAGCAUCGUCUGACAUAAUGCCAACGGCCCACACUCUUCCACUGAGCGCGCGACCAGCCUCCGCGUCACAGCUCGUGCGCAGACAACUCGAGAUCUGCUCUCAGCAUCGCCGUCGUCUUAGUUUACGAUGACGAGCCCGGAGCGCUCUUCGAUGCUCCUGUACGAACCCAACAAGCAGAAGCAACUGGACAAAGGAGACUUUGAACAUGCCGCUACUAUUAAUUAAGUCGAUGAUUCAAGAUGAACGCGAAAUGUGUUGA